UUGAAAAAGUAGAUUCAAAGAGUGAAAUCAAAAAGAUGAAAUCUAUUGUAGAAGCAGUAAUUUUGUUAUUAUUCUACAUUGCAAGAGACGUUACUGGCACGUCAAAAUGUUGGAGCUGCAGUGAUUCUACAUGUAAUGAUCCUUUCAACUAUAAAAAUGCGAUUAUUAUGAAUUGUUCCAGUCUUAGCAGUUAUAGAUCUACAGGUGUAACUGAAUGGGAAGAAAAAACCGUUCAACUAUUCGAAAAGUUCUCAGCAUACUCUUCUUCUGACAAUGAUUACGUUUGUGUGAAGUAUCGUGUAAAUAGUUUAUCAUCUACAAAUUACAAUUUCACAAUGAGACGUUGUGUGACAAAGCAAGUUAACGGUCUAGAUAUUUGUGAAGCUAUAACGCAAUCAGUAGGAUCACUACUUGGCCCAGUUGUCAGUUGCAAAACUUGUGAUACUGAUCUUUGCAAUUCAGCCGAUAAAUGGAGCAUAUCUAUGUAUAAUUACACCAAUAUACAAGGAAGUGGAAUCAAGAAACAGUAA